CCACUGUUUAUAUUUUCAAUUCAUUCAUUACAUAGAUCAUGACCAAGACAAACACACUUGACCACUUUUUAACCAAUGUGGUUGAGAAGCCUCAAGUAUUCUUUGCUUCAAAUCAAAAGAUUGCAGAUAGUGCGAUACAAAUGGCCAAGCAUUUUUACGACAAUGUUAAAAAGGUUGAGCAAGUACAAUUCUCGCCAUUUACAGAAUUAUUGACCGAAGGUUUUGAUAACGAUCAAAUUUGGGAAGAAAUCGCCUCUCAAAACGAGCCUUUUUUGGAUUACGCAAAGACAGCUUUAAAGGCCCUCAACAAAAAACCCGCCAAAGAGUUCAGUGACGAAGAAGAAAGUGUUUCUGGUCAAUCCAUGGAUCUCGAUCAAAAUGUAGAGGAUGAGGAUGAGGACAUGGAGGAAUUAGAUCAAAGUGAAGAAGAAUUAGAUCAAAGUGAGCAAGAAUUAGAUCAAAGUGAGGACGAGGAUGAUCUCGAGGAAGAUAAUAUCGAAGAAAAUGCUGACCAGGACCUCGAGGAAGAAGAACUUGUUGAACCCAAAGAAACCAAGAAGAAGCCUACUUCAGAAGUCGACGAUCAAUUUUUCAACUUGGAUGAUUUCAAUAAAUGGACCGAGAAACAAGAAGAAUUAGACAUGAUGUCUGAUCGUGAGGACCAAGAUGAUGAAUUUGAUUUCGAUAAUGACAUGGGCGAGGAAGAGGAUUCUGAUGAAGAAAACGAUGAUGAUGAUGCUGCAGACUUGAACUAUAAUGAUUUCUAUGGUAACGAUGAAGAAAAGCCUGCAUUCAAGAAAUAUACACACAAGAAGAAGGAGUACGAGGAAGAAUUAGUUUCUUCUGAAGAAGAGGAGGAAGAGGAAGAAGAAGAGUUGGGAGAAGAUGUUCGUAAUGAAGCCUCUGUCCGUGAUCUCUUUGGUGUCGAUGAGGAUGAAGAAGAAACAGACGGUAAAGAGAAAUCUGCAUUCCAAAAACAACAAGACCGUCUUGCUGCACAAAUUGAAGAAUAUGAGGAUGAAAACGUCCAAGACAAGCAUUGGACUUUACGUGGUGAGGCUAACGCCAAGGCCAGACCUGUCAACAGUUUAUUGGAAGAAGAUCUUGAGUUCGAGCAUGCCAACAAGCCUGUUCCUGUUAUUACUGAAGAAUCCACAAACACUUUAGAAGACAUCAUCAAGAAGCGUAUUCUGGAUAAUAUGUUUGAUGACGUUGAGCGUAAAGUGGAUCCUAACUUGCGUCCUUUCGUUCCUUCUAGACGUGUUGAAAUCAGUGACGAAAAGGGUAAGAAGUCCUUGGCUGACAUGUAUGAAGAUGACUUUGUUAGAAAGCAAGCCGGUGCAGAACAGGUUGAUGCACGCGAUGAAGCUUUAGAAAAAGAUCAUGCUGAAAUUACUGAUUUAUUCAAAACAUUGUGUCAUAAGCUGGAUGCACUUUCCAACUUCCACUACACCCCCAAGGCACCUAAGCCUGAAAUGUCUAUUGUUAGUAACUCUGCUGCUAUCAGCAUGGAAGAAGUCACACCUGUUAACGUAUCUGAGUCCACUUUGUUGGCUCCUGAGGAAGUUUAUGAGAAGAAGCGUAAUGAUGUCAAGACUGCAGGUGAAAUGGAACAAGAUGAGCGUAAACGUUUGAGAGCUCAAAACAAGAAGCUCAAGAGAAAGGAACGUGCCAUCAAGGAAAGAGAAUUAAAGAUCAAACAGAAAUACAAUCCUCAAGUUGGACAAAGACAAGCAAAGACAAAGGCUGUCAAGGAAUUAUUGGGCCAAAAGAAUGUUACUGUUAUUGGCAAAGAUGGUCAACAAAAGACUACCUCAAAGGCUGUUACCUCUGCCUCUCUCUUCUAAAACAACAACAUUAUGUAUAUUUCCCCCCAUCCCCCCUUUUUUUACAACCAUUUAUAGAAAUAUUAUUUUCAAUUUUUUUUUAUUUAAUAUUAAAAAUAUUUAUACACCAAUAGUUCAUCAUAUUCGUUUUUUUUUUUUUUUUUUUUUUUUU